UUUUGUUUCAAAGAGAACACCUACAACGUACUCAACCAAAACCCAGUUACACAAAACGUAGAACUGAACAAGUAUCCACUGUACAAGAAAAAUCAGCAGUCAGUGCACCUGCAGGUUUCAUUUCAGCCACAAGCAAAUACCAAGAAGAAGAAAGUAAUACUGUUGAAGUACCAACAUCUGCUGUUAGAAUUGCCGCUUCACCACGUGACUCAAAGUCUGAAGAGCUUAAUUCACCAAGGAGAAUGUUGUGUGACCAGUCAACUGAAAGAACAAUCCUCCAGAGUUUCUAAUGCAUACCUCAGUUUUUCUUUUGAGGGGCCUCUCAUGACCCAGAAACAAAAACAAGAUUUAAAUCCUCUGAUCAUCAAGGUUUUGAGUGUAAAAUGUUUACCGGACACCCCUGUUUCAGUUGAAGACCUGGAGCGUUGGUGUGAUCCUGUUUACUGCAAAUACAAAUUCCACAACUUGCCACCCCAUCAAACACAAGGUCGCAAUCAUGGAACUGACGUCUUCUUCAACGACAUCAAUGUGAUUCUAGCAGGGACUAUGAUACCUCAGGAAUUACGUGAAUAUCUAAGAGGCCCACCUUUGGAGGUUGAAGUUCAUGACCGAGACAAGAAAAUAGAAACUAUCAUGAAAAAGCCUUCAUUGUUUGGAGAUGAGCCAGGGGACAGCAAGCUAAGUCAUUUGAACACUAUCACUAGCAAAUAUAUGGUCCAGAAUCCUAUGGCAGGCAAGGAGGAAAUAUGGCACCCAUCUGGGGUAGCUAAAAUUAGCCUGACUGAAUUAUUGCUGGGUGAAAAGCACUUGAAUAUCUGUGUACCAAUUCAGUGCUGCUCAGUUCAAGAUACAAGUAUCUGCAUGGCAGAAAAUGUUAGCUGGAAGUCUAUGGCAGCUGAUAGUUCUUUGCCAUCUCAGCUACCAAUGGGGCAUUACGUAGACUCAGAGGCUCAUCUUACAGUAAGAAUUGAAAUCAGUGUACCAUUAAGUCCUGAAGAUGAAAUUCCUGACACAGAAACUGUGUACUGUCCUUACAGCUGUAUCAUCUAUAUUUUUGACUAUAAAAAUAGAUCACUGUUGAGUUUUUUGCUGCAAGAGAUUACAGAAAUUAAUGCAAAAGCUUUCCAACUUGAUUCUUAUCCCCUACAUAUAAUUCAAAAAUCUCUUAAUACAUUAAAACUGACGAGCAAGCUUUCUCUAGAAGAAAUUUCCCAAAUGGACAUUAUUACUGGAUUUCACAUAAUGGAUGGAUCAGUUCACCUACUUGUUGUGGAAGGCUUGAAGGACAAAGCACUUAAGAAGAUGUGGAAUAAAAGAAUAGAUAGAAUGCAGGAAUCUAAGACUGGAAGACUGGAAAUACUCUAUAACUCCCAAAUAACUUUCCAUCAGCGCUUGUAUGUAGAUCUUGAAGCAAUCUUGUUUCAUAUUCGUCUCUGCAAACCACUCUCAAGUAUCACAAAACAGCCUUUGCUGUAUAUCAGGGACUUGGUUCCUCUGGCAUGCUUCCAAGCUCUGUCCAGGCUUGAUUACAUUUGCCACAGCAAGAAGUUAAGGGAUGUGGUACAUUACGAUUUGUUGCCCUCGGCAGAAAUGAUCAUUUCACUGGGUCAGGAGUUUGGGAUCCCCUUGGCUAAAGAUGACCUGCUUAUUCAGCAGCAGCCAGAAAUCUUGGAGACAUACAAGUUUCCCACCUACUUUCAGAAAAAACAAAAAAAGCACUCCUUUUUGGAUAACCAGAAUAAACUGUAUAUUCUGAGAAAAAUGGAAAUGGAAAGUCAGGCACCACAGGACUAUAUUCAGGCUAAUAUUGAGAAUGUGAACCUGCUUAGUAAGAUGAUGCAAAAUGAGGCCCUUGGCAUUAUUAGAGCUUUCCCUUCUGAUGGCAAGUCCAUUUUUAACUACAGCACUCAGUACUUGAAUUCUGCAGAAAUUGCAAAGCGUUUGCUUCGUCAGGAGAUGGCACAGGAACCAGGAAAAAGGUUUGCUUAUUCUCACAAAUAUGUCUCUGGCAUAUUUGACCCAGUGGAUGAAGAUAGUGUACGAAAGGAAUCCAUUGCCCUUUUAAAGAGGAAGUGGCUGACAUCAGAAGGGUUUGUAUUUCCUGGCUUUAAGAGCAGUGUUGAAUCCAACAUGCAUUCUCAUAUGCCUGAUGAGGCACGAGUAGAGGAGCUAACAGAGAAAUGGGAGGAGAACAUUCUUCACAGAAGCAUUUUGAAGCCAGUGCUGGAUCGUGACAGAUGGACUUGGGACAAACGGAAAGUUGAUUUUGAUCUUUACACAAAGCCUCAAUAUUCCUUUGUGGCCCCUGACACUGAUCCUUACGAGCAUAAAAGGGAUGAACGUUGCAACACAGCACUCAAAGUUCACAGGUGCUCUCCAGCAACAGAGCUCAUCUCCAGUGGACCAAAAGCCAGUUGCCAGCUAGACCGCUUCCAAGGCCUCCUCAAGGAUAAACCAAUGAAAUUGGCCUUGAAGAGCCAUGACAGAGGUAUACAGGACAUACCAGUUGUGGGAUGUAUAGAAAGGACAGAGAGUGGCAUCUGCAGAGGAUUAAUCCCGGGCAAUGAUGAUUUUCACAACUUGAAGGGGAAUGGGAAUGUAAUUCCUUGCCAUGACAGGAAAUACAAUAUGUUUAAAACUUUGAAAGGAGCAGACUUCCGAUUGAUUUGUCGUAACCAUUCAUUUAACUACAAGAGAAAACCUUCACAGAGAUGGCUUUUGGAGAAUUAAAUGCCAACAACAGAUGCAGAGUCUGUUACCCCCCCCCCUCCGAAUAGUGACUGAAAUUUGACAAGACACAGCAGAAGUCAUUUGGGUUGCUGUCUCCAAUGCAGUUAGAGCCUGAUCAUGCCAGAUUACCUGACUGCAAACUUCAUAAAGAAUCUACACUUUGUGAAAAAGUUACCCUUACCUAUCAACAGUUUUAUUGCAUAAAACCAAAUUUUGAGCAAUGUUAACAACUUACUUUGCAUGUUGUACAAUAAUCUUAAUGUGGUUUGAAUGUGUUAGUAUUUAAACACGACUUUUCUGGAUUCUGCUAGAAGAAUGUAAAAACUAUACAUCAUGACAGCUCUAAGGCCUGAUGGUGGCAGACUUCCUCAGUUUAGCCUUAUCAUCUGCUAUGCUGAGGCACACUAUCUUUGGAUUAGGGGCACUGUUUAUACAAUUCAUGGCCCAAAUGCAUUUUCCCUGUAAUGAAGUAACAACCAAAUCUGAUGGUUUAUAGGAUCCUUUUGCCACAGAACAUAUACCGCAUUUUUUUAAAAAUGUACAGAUACAAGUAUCUGGCUGAUAUCAAUCAAAAAGUAUUCUAGUAUCCACAAAGGGAAUUCAAAAUGUCUCCACAUCUGCUUAAUACACUGUCAUUCAUGCGGAAAUGUUUGAUUGCCACAUUAGUCACAGUUAUAAAAACUACAGGUGCACUCACCUCAUGAUCAUGAUUCCGCAAACCAAUACUGAUGGAUCGGCUAGCUCUGGAAAUAACAGCUGUCAUUGCAUA